AAGGAUGGAGAGGAGGAAAGCCUGCAGACAGCAUUCAAAAAGCUGAGAGUUGAUGCGGCUGGGUAAGUAACAGUGUGGGGAGCUACAGAGUUAACCUUACAAAUGGACUAAGAGGGGAACACCCUUACUGUGAAAUCUGAAAGAGUGAAGUAAUCUCAAAAGGUCAGGCACUGAAAGCCUUCAUUCUAGUUAGGUUUAUUGGAAUAAAUUCACUAACUGUAGGCUGUGUUUCUCAAGGAAUUGUGAUUUUGUUAAAUCAUCGUUAGCUCCCAGCAGGCUUGAAGCAAAUCUAAUGAUAAGCAGCAGUUGACAGCUUGCUUGAGAUGAAUUUUGGCAGGAUUCUGGCUGUCACAGGCUGUGUCUGUGACUCUGGAAGUCAACGUAUGAUCACUGCUGUACAGGCUGUCUGCAGAUGAACUCCUUUUCCCAAAAGAGGAAUAUUCCUUCCAUGUCCGAAGGAGAGCAUUAGAUGCAGUGCAUGAUUCGGACAGAAACUGUUUUCAUUGAUGUCACUUUCAGACUUUCUGUUUAUAGCUAAAAAUGCUAAAUGGAAAAGAAUGCUUGUUUUGUGUUGCUUCAUGGGAGAUGUAAUGUGUGGUACUUAACCCUCACUGUCCCAGGCAGAAGAAGACAAGCAGCAUGUGUCUUCUGUUAGCAAAAAUCUUUUCUUUAUCAAGAAUAAACAGAUGGUUUCUAUAUUAUUCUUUUGCUGCUGAUGAAUGUGUAUUAUUACAUAUAUAGUACCGAAUUUCAGUAAGCUGCAGGCUGUAAUGCAGUUACGCUGCUGACUGAGGUGCAGCUGUAAGGCAGAAUGUAAAUAUCAAGUUGGGAGUUGGAGUUCCCUUAGAACCUAGGUGGCAAGUAGAAAGGCUCUUAAUAUUUCAUUUAAGUAAAUAAGCUCGUUAGAAAUCUGUCACCACCCAAGAGCCUUUCAUUACUUUAGUAUCUCUAGUCCAGAAGCCAGGUCAGACAUACUUUAAUACUGGUGGUUUUUACUCUUGACCUUCAAUUUACUAUCAUGCUCAUAGUUAUAAAAUGGAAAACAGCAGGUGCUUGAAGAAUAGAUUAGUCUUUUAAAUGCCAGUUAAUGCUGUCCUUCAGUGGCAUGUAAAGACUUAUUUCCAUUUGUUGGGAAGUCAGUCCUGCUUAAAAAACAAUUUAAUGUAGGAUUAAUCCAUCCUUAUCAAUUCCAGAUCAAUAUGCGAAGUCACAGCUUGAAAAGAUGGUUUGUGGUAUUGUCGCAGAUCGUCGGAAAUCUCAGUGUGGGGUGGAUUUGUAGCACCAGAGAAAGGAGUGAAUGUUAUGUGUUGUCUGACUUAAAUAAAAGUUGAAAGUUUGUCACAGUUCUGUUGCUCAAGUGGGUGAACUUGCAGUAGUAUGUAGUUUCAGCUUACAUUGUCCUAGACAAAGGCAUAAGUGUUCUUCAGAUAAACAAAGUCUAUUUAUGUCCAAAGAACAUUUAUUUUUAGGAAAGAAUGGUUUAUUUGUCUCUGGAAAAAGAGGCACAUCUCUUCAGCGGUGUUUUUUUUCCCCCUCUCCUGGGAAACAGCUCUACUGCUUCUCUUUCUAUUGGUGAAGGGACAAGCCCAAGAGCACUAGUUAGAGCAGCAGCAGAUGAAACCAAACCUAAGAAUGCUUGUACUUCUAAGGAAACCUGGCAUGGAUCUAUGAAGAAACCUUCAAGAGGAGCUGUGAGAACUCAGCGUCGCAGGCGUUCCAAGUCCCCAAUUCUUCAUCCUCCAAAAUUUAUCCACUGCAGCACAAAAUCACAAUCCACGUGCAACCAACUAGUGCACAAGGGCCAGAUUGAUGCCCCAGCUGAUGGCAAUGCAUUUGGAAUACUAGUCCCAAAGGAAGCUCGUGCACAUGAACGAUGCAGUGUUGCCUCAGACAUUGGCCAGAAAAGAGAUGGAGUUGGUUCUCCUGGAGCCUCUGUUGCACAGCCCACAUCAGUGAACACACAAGAGAAUUCUCCUACUGCCAUUUCUUUAGUAUCCGAAGCAAGCCUAAAGACUGAAGAGCUCUCUGACUUCCGAUCUGUGUCCAAGCUGAACAAGAAUAACCCAUGUGCCUGCGUAGAUAAAGCCUGUCAGUGUAAACGAUGGCAAGAUAUGGAGGUGUAUAAAUUCUCUGGCUUGCAGAACACUUUCACGUUGGCAUCUGAUAGAAGAACAGUUGCUGAGGAUCACUCCCAGUCUUUGCCAUCGAGAACUCCAUCAAGUUCCCCACGCUCUUGCUCUGAGCAAGCCAGAGCCUUUGUGGAUGAUGUGACUAUUGAAGAUCUUUCAGGAUACAUGGAAUAUUACUUGUAUAUUCCAAAGAAAAUGUCUCACAUGGCAGAAAUGAUGUACACCUGAAAACAAGGACUGCUAAAAACAGAAGGGUGGGUGGUUUAUACAUGUCCUUAGUCACAGUCAUGUGAGAUGGAACCUGAUCAUUGCUCACUGUGCUUGCAAUAAAAUCCUUUCUUCGCAUCUUAA